AUGGGAAAAGCUGUGGCAAUGAAGAAAAAAAAGGUGCUCAGCAAGAGCGGGGCAAUCUCUGAGAAAGAGGCUUCCGGAGCUGCUGAGCCCGCGGCAAAGAGACCGCCGAUGAAAAAGCUGAAGAGAAAGAAGAAGAAGGCUGCGAAGGCUAGCGAGCCGGCAAAGAGCACUGCAAACGCUGAGCCAGAAGAGAAGCCCAUUUCCUGCGCGAUGUGCGACGGGCUGAUGCCCUUGGAAGGCAAAAUGCGAUGUCGCGGAUGUGGCAGAAUCAUGCUGCCGGAAGCCGAAGCAUCGUGA